AUGACUCUUACCAUGAUUCAAACCCCAACCGAGUUCGAGGCGGAUCAGCUCUACAACGCCAUUCACUACUCAGAUUUCGCCUAUGACUACACAACGGCGGUUUCAGCCUAUUUGAAAGACUUUCCUGCUCUCCCCUCCGUUCCGACCACCGAAUACUCCUACGCACCAACCUCAAUACCUACUUGGUGGCCAGACUUCACGCACAGUACACUUUUGUCAGACAUGUCUUAUCCAGUCUCACCAAGAGAGUUGAAAUCUCUCAUCGAAGCCGAAUUACACCAAGGUCUCACGCAGUCAGCUAUCCUCCAGCAUUGGAUGAAGAGAUCUGGGAGCGAAAUCCCGCUUGGCAGUGCCGCUGCAGCCGCAGCACUCCAAGACGCUAUUAUCGUGGCCUCUGAUGCCGAGUGGUACGAGCACGAUGACCAUUUCAUCACGGAACUCGGGAUAUCUGUUCUCGAUCCGCGUUCCGUGCCACAACCAUUUUCCUCAUCACCAUGGGGUAUUCUCACCAGCAUGGAGAACUACCACGUGCGCAUCAAACCACACGCACAUCUCACCAACAAAGACCUCUGCGAAGGGCAUCCAAAUGCCUUUCAAUUCGGCAGCACAACCUUUGUCAGCGUGAACGAAGCGACAGAAAUGCUGCGCAGCGUUUUCACCCGCCGAGACAUAUACGGCAAUCUACGUCCAAUAAUCUUCGUCGGCCAUGCCGUCUCGAAUGACUACGAAGUCAUAAAAUCGCGCUUUGGUCUCGACCUUGAAGAACUCGGCACCAUCGUCGCAACAAUCGACACGCAAGUGCUGGCCGUAGAACACGGCCUCGUAAACCCAUCCCGCAAGAUCCGCCUCGCGCACCUCCUCGCCGAAUACGACAUCAAAGAACCAUACCUUCACAACGCCGGCAACGACAUCGUAUGCACCAUGAUCGCCGCCUUCCUCAUGCUUUGUCCACCCCCUGCAGCCCCGCUCAACAAACUCCAUUACGUAGACAUCAAAGCGCAACUCCGCGACGCGGGUCAAACCGCCAUCAAAGAAGGCCGCGGAUAUGGCAAAUGCAUUCAUGUAGUCAAGCAGGCUGCGCUGAUCAAGAAACAGGGCAGCAUGGGCUAUGGACAGGCCUUGUUCUCUUACGUCUUCGACGCACUACCGCUGCUUGCCGACAAGCUCCAGCAUCUCUACACGCUUGUGUUACCUCAUCGACCUGUCUCAGCGUUCACAGUCAUGUCUUACCGCGCCUUUCACGACAUGCCCACCGAGCUUAUCGAGGCCGCCGCAGGCUAUAUGGACGACGCAGACCUUCUGUCCUUUCGCUUGACAUGUAGACAUGCAGACGCGAAGACUCUACGCGUAGUCGGCAAGCGCUUCUUCUCCAGCCUCAAGACUACUCUGAUGGCGUCCAAUCUCGAGAAGCUCGACGGCGUCUCUCGAAGUGCGCGACUAGCCAAAUACGUUCGGAACAUCCGGAUCGAAGACGACCAACUGGAGGUUGUAUCAUCUAUGCCCUCGGGCGAAGGCAAUUGUCUAGAUCCACGGGAGCUAGCGAUGUUGAGAGCGAGGCAUCGCAGAUGGCUGCGCGAAACAAUGGUCGUCCCUGAGGUGGACAAGACCGCCGUUGCCAAAUUGAAGGCCAUAAUCGAAGAACGCCUUUUGUCUCUGGAUACCCUUGCUAUUCACUACUCUGACACUAGAGAUGUGGAGAAAGCUACGGAAGCUACCAUCGCUCUCGCUCAAGAGAUCGUUCUAGACGGGAAACUUGCCAGUACCGCAUUCUCAGUCUACCUCAGUUCCCGAGGGCUUUCCUGGGUAGGAGCCGUCUUGACUCUGUACUUUGAUCGAUCCAGAGAAGGCUUGGAUAACAGACUGCUUCAGGAUGUGGGAUUGCAGCUGUUGUCCGGUGGGCCUCCGCCGGACUACCUGCUUACCGCAGUUUCCGAGUGCACGCAAAGGUUGGGACAUCUCCGAAUGGAGUGCACAGGACCGCAAUACGCCCUACUUGUCGGCCUCGUGUACCAAGGAAGGCGCCUGCCCAAGCGGACAAUCCUGCGGUUUUCGUCGUCAAAGGCGUUUCGACAAUUUUACAGGACAUCCUGA